UACCAAAACUCAAUCCCUCCCCUCUCUUUCUUUCAAACCCACAUUCACAAUCAUUUUAUAAAACAUAUAGAUACCUACCUCUAAGCAUGUAUUAAUCCAUAAACCAACAAGCAUACAUACACAAUAAAAACCAAAAGGGCAAAGGUGCUAAAGUGGAAGGGUUAGGAAAAUUCAUUAAUGGAGGAUUUGAUAGGAUCACGAGCAUACUGCUGCUUCAAGUGUCAAAACCUUGUUGCUUUUCAUGAUGAUAUUGUUUCCAAAGAUUUCCAGGCAAGCAAUGGAAGAGCUUUUCUGUUUUCUCAUGCAAUGAACAUAUUUUUGGGUCCAAAAGAAGAUAGACAACUUAUGACAGGUCUUCACACAGUUGCUGAUGUAUAUUGUUCUGAUUGUGGAGAAGAACUUGGUUGGAAAUACAUUAAAGCUUAUGAGGAAACACAAAAGUACAAAGAAGGAAAAUGUGUUCUAGAGAAGUUCAAGAUAGUUUUGGGAAAUGGUUAGUAAAAUUGUUCACAAUUUUAUCCUUCAUUUUUCAUAUGGGAUUUUUCUACAAGUGCAACAUUAGUAUAAUUGUGAAUUUUGUGUGUAUGUUUGAAUGUUGCAUCAUUUUAUUGACUCAAAAAAAAAAUUGGAAAACAAAAUAAGUUGUCAAAGUAUAUGUUUCUUAAUGUGUAACAGUUGAAUGAGUGUUGUUCAUAUUGUACAAAAGAUUCUUUUCAAGAAAAUUACAAAUAUCAUUUAUUAGCCUUGUACAGGAAGGCUUUGGAAACUAGCAGAGGUACAUUGGUUUA